AUAAAAGCGAGUGAAAAUUUUUUGGAUUUUUUUUCUGUUUUAUCACGAAACUAUUUUCACUCAACCACUUGUCGAAUGUCAACACUAUUGAAUGUCGGAAUAGACACAAUUUACACGGCUGGAGUUGCGUGUAAAAGUGAUGAUAUUCAACAUUUUAAUUGAUAAAAUAUUUUAUUUGUGGACAAAAUUGUGAAAAUUAUUGAACUAAAAUCGAUAUUUUCCCAAAAUCGUACAAUUUUAUUGGAUUAAUUCAUAUAUAACUUUCACUCGAUUCGACGGCCAUCUAUGUGUUGAGUUUGGUAUAAACGUAUAAAAAGUGUCAUCGGACAGAAAACAUUAGGAGAUUGAAAAUGUCAAGUGAAAUGCUACCAACUUGCAAUCAGUUAUUCACUGUAAAAUGGAGACUGAGCUACGCAACUAAUUUUAUGCUGAAAAGACUCACAGAGAGAGAGAGAGAGACAAUUUUUUCUGGUCAAAGAUUACAAGUGGAAAAAUAAAGUUUAACAAUAAUUUGUGUCUAAUUUUUUGCAAUUCAUUGGAAUCAACGUUUAUCCAAUCGAAAUUUCAAACAAUUGAACAAAUUCAUCAAUUUAAUUCAAGUUGUGAAUUGAGAGAUACAACAUUUUUGCGGAAACUAUGUCGUCAGAGAGUGUGGGCAAAAAGAUUACCGACUUGCGAGUAUGCGACCUCAAAGCGGAGCUGGAAAAACGGGGCUUAGAGACGACUGGCAUUAAAAUUGCACUCGUUGAUCGUUUGCAAAAGGCAAUCACCGAAGAGGGUGAAGAUCCAAACGAGUACGUUUUUGAAACUGAUGACAAGAGUAAAACGCCAGCUAAACGCGCCCGAAAUGAAUCAAAUCCUCCGAUUACGAAUGAAACACAGGCAAAUGGCGGUGAUGAAGAGGAGAAGCCCACAAAGAAUGCCGACAAAGAGGGUGAAGAAGCCGAAAAAACUGAAGAAACUGAAGAGGUCGAAGAAGUCGAAAAAGAGCCCGAAGAUAAGAAACCGGCAGCUGAUAACAACAACGAUGUCAAGGAUGCAUCGGAAGACAAUGAAAAUGACCAAGAGCAUUUGCAAUUGACGUUGGCCGAAUCGGACAAACUUGAUACGAGCAACGUGGACAACGAGGACUCGCUCAACCUAACUAUCGGUGAAGAUGAAGCGAAAAUUUUCCAGGAUGAGGAACCUGAAGAAAAAGUCAAAGAGAACAACAGUAAGUAGUUGGUGUUUGAAUGAAUGGUCAAUAAGUUUUAGGUUAUAUGAAUUUUGGUGAAAUGUGAAAAUGAUGAACGAAUUUCUUUUGUUUUACUUGUCCGUACAUUUCGAGUUAUACGAAGAAAAAA